GCGAGCAAAAGCCGCCGCGAAACCGCACUAGCCGAGUCGACGGCAAACCGGCGGCGAGUUGGCUGGCUCUUCCGCUCGAUCCCCGUCGCGGCGCCGCCUCGUCUCGCCGUCCUCCUCCGAUCCGAUGGAGCGCUCCACCCACUCCACCGGCUGGACCUGCCUCCCACCGCCGCCGCCCGAACCCGCUGCUCCAGGUCGUGGAGUAUGCGCAAUGAGCACUUCAUGGAGGGAUAAACAACAGCCAAGCCUCAUCAACUUUAUUGCUGCAUUCUUAGCUGCAAACUCAUACCGCCUAAACUUCCUGUCAAUAUCUCCUGACUUUAUAUUCAACAAUGGGGAGCUAUCUGUUGCAUUUAUCUUUGAGACAAACUGGGAUUGUCAAAAUGAAGGUGCUGUCUUUAGCAGGGUGAAUAUGCUGAAGAGGCAGUUAAAACAUCUAUAUGUUGUUGUUGCUGUUCCUACAAAAGAGCAAAACGAAUCAUUUAAUCGAUCAUAUCACAAGUAUGGUAUGAAGCUUGGCUUUCCUACGUUUGUGCCUGUUACUGAUCCGGAGAUGGGGUUCGAGAAAAUCGUGAAGAUAGCUCAUGCACUUGGAGUAUGCAAGCAGCAAGACAUUAUCUCAAGACUGAAGAAUGAGCGGGAGCAAGCAGUUCAGUGCACUGAUUCCUUUCUACGUGUGCUCACCUCUAUUCCUGGUAUUGACAAUCAUGACGCCAAUGCGCUUGCCCAAGCUAUUGGGUCUAUUGAAGCAAUUGCAAAAGCAUCCAAGAAAUUUAUUCUAGAAAACACUGACCUUUCCACGGAUAAGGCAGAGACAAUUGUCAGGUUCUUCAGAGAUCCGCAGUACUACUUAAGCCCUAAAAUUAACUAGUUACAGGCAGAAGGUGAUUGUGAACCUGAGCUAUGGACUGAAUCAACUGGGCGGACUGACUGCCUGCGGAAGCCUGUGCACAGCUUCUUUAUCCUUGUGGUUGCUAUAUUGUUACGUAGUAUUUUUAGACCAUUAAUACUCUGUGUCAGAGAGAAUCCUGAUGCUUCUGCUUAGUUGUGAGUUGCGACUCCUCAAAGGCUCCUGAUUGCGUUGGGUCAGCAGGCAGUCUUUUGAUCUUAACUAGAUGGAAAAAGAGAAACAAAGUCUACUUAUAUAGCAAUCACUGUUAAAUGUCCUGCUAAAUUGAUUGUCCCAAAUCAAGCGCAAUGCUAGCUAUGUUUACUUCCCAGAUACUUUACUCGUGUACUUUUGUUUAGCUUUGCCAUUUCUUUCUUCUUUUAAAGAUGGCUAUGCUUUAUUUGUUCA